GAAAAUAAAAAUAAAUGUCUGAGCCCGGGUUCGAACCGGGGACCUCUAGUGUGUGAGACUAGCGUGAUAACCGACUACACCACCCAGACUAUGAUGACUACAAGCCUUGAAUAAGCGUAUAAUUAGACAAGACAAAGAGCCACCGUGAUGAUGAUGCGGUGGUGAUUGUCGCCGCCGGCGUGAGAACCGUUACCGUUACAAUGAGUUUGUUGAUUAAAUUCUUACUUACUUCCCCAUUGAAACACCCAAAAAUUUUCGCCAACUUCUUACUUGAUCCCAUCCAGUGUUUUGGGUUCACUAAAACGCUGCGUUUUGCUUCCUCUUCUUCUUCUUCUUCCUCAGCUCACUUCAAGCUCAGACACUUGUCUUCCUUAAUGGCUCACUCUCAGGUUGCGUAUUUGAUCCCACUGAAAGCAGAUUUGAAGGAAGACGAGUCAUCUCCGAGGAUAACUUUAUCUGAAGGUCCAAACAUCAUUGGCCGUGGCAACGUUUCAAUCGCUGAUAAACGUCUCAGCCGCAAACACAUCACCAUCAUCGUUUCUACGUCUGGCUCAGUGUCCUUGUCUGUGGAAGGAACGAAUCCAGUGGUUAUUAGGUCUUCCGGCGACGGCGAGAGGAAGAAAUUAAAACCCUGUGAAAAGGUUUUAGUAAGUAAUGAUGAUCUUAUUGAAUUGAUCCCUGGUCAUCAUUUCUUUAAGCUAGUUUUGCUAUCCACUGAAAGCAGAGGGAGCCAUGAAACACCUGCUAAGAAAGCUCGAAAGGGUGAAGCACAAGGAGUCAAUGAUGAUGAUGUAGAGGCGAUUCGUCGAUUUGUUCCACCUGAUGAGAAACUGCCUUCAACGUUUAGGCUUUUGAGUGUUAAUGGAUUGCCUGAUUGGGCUAAUACCUCUUGUGUUUCCAUUAAUGAUGUCAUUGAGGGAGACGUUGUUGCUGCAAUCCUAUCGAAUUAUAUGGUCGAUAUAGACUGGUUGAUGUCAGCUUGCCCGAAACUGGCCAACAUUCCUCAGGUUAUGGUCAUCCAUGGAGAAGGUGAUGGUAGGCAAGAGUAUAUACAGAGGAAAAAGCCAGCUAAUUGGAGUCUUCAUAAGCCCCGGUUACCUAUUUCAUUUGGGACACACCAUUCGAAAGCUAUAUUUCUUGUCUAUCCAAGAGGUGUGAGAGUUGUUGUACACACUGCAAAUCUGAUCCAUGUUGAUUGGAACAACAAAAGCCAAGGUUUGUGGAUGCAAGAUUUCCCUUGGAAAGAUGAUGACAAAGAUUCACCUAAAGGUUGUGGAUUCGAAGGUGAUCUUAUCGAUUACCUCAAUGUUCUUAAGUGGCCUGAGUUUACUGCAAGCUUACCUGGUCGUGGUAAUAUGAAGAUCAAUGCAGCCUUCUUCAAAAAGUUUGAUUAUUCCAACGCUACGGUUCGUCUAAUUGCAUCGGUCCCUGGAUACCACACUGGUUUGAACUUGAAUAAAUGGGGACACAUGAAGCUACGAACUAUCCUUCAAGAAUACAUUUUUGAUAGAGAGUUCCGCAGAUCCCCUUUAGUUUAUCAGUUUUCUUCACUUGGUUCUUUGGACGAGAAGUGGUUGGCUGAAUUUAGAGAUUCUUUGUCUUCUGGUCUUACAGAGGACAAAACUCCUCUUGGUCCAGGGGAUCCGUUGAUAAUAUGGCCUACUGUAGAAGAUGUCAGGUGUUCUCUAGAGGGUUAUGCUGCUGGCAAUGCAAUCCCGAGCCCAUUGAAGAACGUGGAGAAACCAUUCUUAAUAAAAUAUUGGGCUAAAUGGAAAGCCAAUCAUAGUGCUCGCUGUCGUGCAAUGCCACAUAUAAAGACAUUCACACGUUACAGCGACCAGAAGCUUGCAUGGUUCUUGCUAACCUCAUCGAACCUUAGCAAAGCGGCUUGGGGAGCACUUCAGAAAAACAAUUCCCAAUUGAUGAUACGUUCCUACGAGUUGGGCGUCUUGUUCCUACCAUCUCCAACGAAAGCACAAGGUUGUAAAUUUCCGUGCACCGAGAACAAUACAAGUGUAGUGAAGGCAAAACAAGAGACGAAAGACGAGGUAGAGAAGAGGAGUAAGCUAGUGACAAUGAGCUGGCAAGGAGACAGAGAUUCGCCUGAGAUAAUCUCAUUACCAAUUCCUUAUCAACUACCUCCUACGCCUUACUCACCAGAAGAUGUUCCAUGGUCAUGGGACCGAGGAGGCUACACGAAGAAGGAUGUGUAUGGACAAGUCUGGCCAAGAUAGUUGAUGAUAGCUUUAAGUUAGCUAUUAUUACUUGAGAGAUUGGCUUUAUGGAUUUUACUUACUCAGUUAUGGAAGAAAACCUAAUCUUUGAUUUAAUGCUUAGCGAACUUAUCAAAUAGAUGGAUACCUCAGUGUGAGAAGAGAUAUAUAAAUUUGUGGAUUGAUCUGGAUUAGUCCACCAAUGGAUAGGAUAGGAUAGGACUUGGGUUAAUAAAGUUAGUUUUUCUAGUCUGUAAAAGAGAAUAGGCCUGUCGGCUUCACUCUGCCGUACGAACGAGGUUGAAAGGUUAAAAAAUCUCGUGGGCCAACAGAGUCGUUUACGAGUUGGCUAAUUUUAUUUGUUUACAUUUGUAUCAAAAUCAUUUUAUGGAUAUAAAUAGUUUUGUGAUUUAUUAUUUUAUA